UUAUCUGUAGCCGGAUAGAUUUUGUAUUAAAUGAAUUGAUUUGAUCAAAUUUUAUCAUAUUCAUAUUCUGAACAUUAUUUUAGUUGUAUUGCUGCUGCAACUUAAUGUAAAACGUAAAAAUGGAGAAAAUAAUUGGGAUUGUGUUAUUAUACAGCAUUGUAUCCGUUUUUGCACAAAGAAAUUGUAAAACGAUCGAUAGUACGGAUCCGUGUUUACGCUAUAACAGCAGAGAAAUGCCAUAUUUGUACAGUCGACAUCCAUAUAUUAGGUAUUCGAGCGAAACCAGUGACAUCAACAAAUUUUGUGAUUUACAUGCAUUAAAUGAUGGUAUUUGGUAUAUAAGUGACUAUAAUAUUACACAGGGGUGCGUUCAACAAGAAUCGUGUGGCUCACGAUUGCCAAUUUGGCUAAAUGGCACAAUUCCAAGUACCAGCGAAGGUGCGGUUAACCGUUCAGGAUGCCUCAGAAAUUUUGAUGAAUGUUGUGCAACUUCGUACAAGUUAAUGAUAAAAAACUGCGGCUUUUACAACGUUUACUGUUUUUGGGAAUUACCAAAUGGUUGUCCACAGCGAUAUUGUUUUGAUAUUGACCUGUCUAGAACUACAACCACCACCACAACAACCACUACUACAACAACAGCCUCUACCACCAGUGUUGGAACGCAAACAAAAAGUGAGAAUGGAGAUGAUAAACAAGUCAUUAUUGGACUGUCAAUAGCAGUAGCAGCGGCCGUGUUUGCAGUCCUUGUGCUUUCUGGUUUUAUUGUUAUCCUGAAAAAAAAACUUGCAAGCUCAGUGCUUCCAACAACUUUUUCUGGGUGAGUACUUAUCCCAUUGUAAUUUUAUAUUAACUUCUUUCU